AAAAAAAAGACAAAUGUCAAAUUAUAAAAUGUAACCUAGAAAUCUCGGGAAAUGUUUAUAAGAUUGAACUUAUUUAUUUUAACUAAAUAAUUACUUCAUGUAAACGUUUUUAUUAUUAAGUGUUUUGUUCUAUUGCCGCCUGAGAUGGGUGCUUUAGCGACAAAAGCCCUACGUCCCUUAAAAUCAUUCAACAUUGAAAAUCGAGCACAUCGGGUAAUAUCUAAAGAAAAACCAACGCCGGCCCCGAGAUAUGCGGCUAAUCUGGAGGAUCUGAAGCGGGCUAUGGAGUCUGACCCUAAUCUAGAUGAGAAACUUGACAAAAAAGAUCCAGGGCUCGACACAAGAUUGAAGAAUGUUUAUGUAACUUCUCAUGGGAAGCCAGAAGACGACAUUACUCGAGAGAAACAGAACCCGACCAGGCCAUUACCCCAAGACCGUGGCCUAGUUGAAGACUUCGAUUACGGCUUCAAAGAACCAGAGAGAGUUAAAUAUGGAUGCACAACACUCAGAAACGCUGUAGAGUUCAUUUCCGCGCAUCAAAUUGAUCCUAAAGAAGUCACAGCAGCUAAAAUAGCGCUCCAAUACAAACUGAAGGAGGAAGAUGUACAGAAUAUACUUAAAUACUUUAAAACUUAUGAAGUUUAUCUGCCAGAAACAAAGAAAUCAGCAGCCAUGUUUGCUGGCCCCGCCACUUUAAGGAAACAGUUGUAUAAAGAAGAUAUAAAAGAGAUUGAAGGAGAGGUUGAGAAGAAACCUGAUAAAGAGAGCAGCUUCUUUAAAUAUGAGAUAGAAAAUGAAAACAAGGGCAGAUAAUUUACAUAGAGUAAUUCAUUUUGUUGUUACAAAUAUUUUUGCAGGUCUCA